CGUCACUUCCGUUGCCGUGGGGGUCUCGCUUCCUCUUUGCUGGAGGAGGAUGUUGUUAUCACUGUUUUCUACGCGGGACAAAAUGUGGAGUUCCAGACACUCGCAAACUUUAUAAAGGCAAAUUUGCAGCAGUCAAGAUGGCGAGAGACAGGGAGUGCAUCCUCUGCGAGACAGUCCACGCCUCCAAGCAGGAGAUGGACGAGCACAUGAGAAGCAUGCUACACCACCGUGAGCUGGAGAAACUCAAAGGGCGGGACUGCGGCCACGACUGCCGGGUGUGCAAGGUUUCAUUGGUGAGCCUGACCGACUAUGCAGGCCACAUCUCCAGCCCUGCACACAAGCAGAACGUGGAGAAGGAGAAGAAUAUGCCUGGCUGUGUAAACAGCGGUGAGGACUACUUUGACAAGAACUUAGUGGAGCUCAUUUACAAAAGGAAAGAGAAGCUACGCAAAGAAAAAGAGGCGGCUGCUGCUGCUAAGCUGGCCCAAGAAACAGAGGAAGCUAAGAAACGGGCGAUCCAGCAGAGAAUAAAGGAAGCCAAAGAGCGCCAUCAGUUGGAUCAAGGUGGGCAGCCUUUCUCGCACGGCCGAGCUUGGAACCCUCAAUAUUUCUCUAGGAAUAGUAACCAGCAGCAAGGCUUUAGCAGCCUCUUGAACAACAAGAGUGCCUCCUGGCAUGCUCAGGCACCUCCUAACUUCCAGAGGUGGGGGUCAGAUGACUGGCAAGGCAGUCGCUACCACUCACAGGACUGCAAUCCUAGUCGACUGCCCUGGCUCAGUAACCAAGGCAGCAGCUAUGGUUUUUACGGCAGGAAUAACCUUUCCCAAUUUCCAACAAAUAACCGAUCGUCUAGUUACAAUGGGUCCUCUCAAAUGUACCCGCCACCACCACAAUUUUUUGCCAGCCCUGUGAACAACCACCAAAAGAGUGUUGUCAAGAACCCAGGGCCCCAGAGUGAGGGGAAGCCGAUAGCCAAACCGAGCUUUGGCAGCAACCCAAAGCUGGACAAGACUUCUUACUCGUGUCCCUAUCCUGUCAGCAAAUCAGGAGACUUGCUACCCAGGAAAGGUGCCCAGUCAAAGCCAGUAGAACAAACCCCUAAAGGACCCCAAAAACAGGAAAAAGCAGCAGAACCACUCACCUCCACUGAGAAGGGAGUAAAGAAGAGGCUUGAAAAUAAAUACAGAAACGAUGGGCCUUCCAUCAGUAAUGAAGUACGUCCACAGCCUCAAGGAAUCAGGAACCUUUCUGUUGGAGCCCUGCCUUCACAACUAACACCGAAGGUUCCAGGAACCUCCAGGAAGUCCUCGUCCCUCCCUGAAAGGAAGAACUCUUUGGACUGCCCCCUGCUAGCGAAGACACUGCAUACUGAAGCGGAGCCGUGCAAGGAUCAGGUGAAUGUUCCCAUUACAGAGAACAAGGAAAACAGCUGCCAACAAAAUGCAUCUAAACCCAAAUCAGGCGAACCACCUAAAAAUUCUUCAUCUUGUGCAGCCAAAGAAAAGCUUGCAGCGUCCUCUACUGAGAGCAUCAAUUCCUUGCAGUCCCUGCAUGUCAGCACCUCUACCUCCAAGAAACUAAAGCCUGUAGCUUCAAAAUCCGAUGGCAAUGCAAAGGAUUCUCUCAACCAAACCUUUCUGGAAAAGGCCGCAACGGAAGCAAAAGACCACAGUUCAGAGGGCGAGGCCUCCAGAUUAGACAAAACCUGCCCAAAUGCGUCAAGCUUGUCUGAACUUGAACUGCCUCCCGUCCUGAAGCGCGACCUGACCAAGCGCAUCAGCAACAAGACGGGCAGCCACGAACCCAACCUCCACAUCGCCAGGCGUAUCCGUAACUUAAGCGAGUCACGACGGACCGACAGUGAAAAGGACUCCGGAAUAAAGCCAACUGUACGGCAGCUCAUCAGCUCCUCUGGAUUUCGACGGAAAGUUAACUGGGACCAGGUGUACCAGGAGGUGCGUAAGAAGCAGGACAAGGGAAAAGGAAUGCCCAGGUUCGGCAUUGAAAUGGUAUCAAACGAGGACCAGAGUCAGGAGGAGGAUGACAUGGCGAUGCUGGAGAACUUCCCAUGGGAUUCGCCGAUUGAGACUGCUCCUUCAGCGUCAUCACGCAAGCGCUCCCUCUCAGAGAGUAGCUUGGCCCCGCCUACUGAACGCUCGCCACAGGAGAUGCCGCGAAGAUCCUCAGUGGCCAAGGAGUGCGGUGGUGAGACUGAGAAAGAACAGAUUUUGAACCUCGCUGUGGAGGAAGCUCAAAAACAAGCAGAUAAGCUGAUGUCGGAGAAGGUCAAAGGUCUCCACGCGCUCGGAGGGAACAACUCCGGAGUCGAGCAGAUGGACGGACAGGGAACAGCAAAGAGGCGAAGAAGACCACGGGAUGUUUUGAACCUGGAUUCUUCAGUUGUGGAACAAGAUGCUAAAAGAAGAAAGACCAAAUCUAAAACAGGUGGUUCAACAGAUCGCUUACACAUUGACCAACUUCUGGCCGUGUCUCUGCGGGAGGAGGAGCUGAGUCGCUCGCUGCAGUCUGUGGACACCAAACUGGUCCAAGCCCGGGCAGCCUUGGAGGCUGCUUACCUAGAAGUACAACGAGCAAUGGUGGUCAAACAGCAGAUUGCCACAGAGAUGAGCGCACUCCGAGAAAAACGUAUUUCACUAUUAAAAGGGAUGCAAGCUGGCAAUACAGAUAUGGCAGAAAUCCCUCUGAUACAACCGAAAGAGGAGCCAACGGACACUACGGAAGUAGAACUGACCUCUUUGAAUCCGUCGUGUUCUCUUUCGAGUAACAUCGCUCCUGCACGCAGCACCUCAUCGCCACCUGCAGACUCAGGUGCCAUCGUCGUCAAGCAGGAGCCCCUGUCUCCCGUUCGGGUCAGCUGCGAAUCGGAACCCGAGGAGAAAUUAACAUACCCCGAGCCAAUGCUAAAAGUUGAAGAAGUGUGGAGUUUGUCUGGAUCGUUAGAGUGCACCGAAAAAGCUGUUCAGGCCACCUUUCAGGCCAGCUUCUUGCCCGACUCUAAAGCAGACGUGAAACCAGAGUCGCUCGCUGAUUGCGCCCCAUCUCCACCAUUGGAGACAUCCGGAGUGGUUAACGCCUCACCCGGUUCACCCCUGGAGUCCCGUGGCGGGAAACGAGUGAGGAAGCUGAAGAAGAGGAAGGUGCUGGAAAAGGCUCACGGAAGUGCGCUGCCCGAGAGCAGCGACACCGAGAUGGACACGAUGGGUGCUUCCAAGCCCAGGUGGCUCCGAACGCAGCGGAGGGCCAGCAGUGGCAGCGGUAGCACUCAAGUCAGCACGUCUUCGCUACCGCAAGGUUGCGACUUAAAGAUAAAGGAAGAAGCUGAGCCUCUCAAAAUGGAAGUAGAGGAAACGAUAGAGGUGCCCGCCACCUUCCAGCAGUCCUAUCCGGGAGCUCACAUCCCGGAAUCGUCCAGAAGCGAGCAGCCAAGCUUGGCCUGCAAUGAGGUCACCUCCACCAGCGACAUGGACAUCUGUAGAUCAUCUGAGAGUGAAAUGUCACUUCCAAGGAUAUCAUGGAGCCCUUCCUGCACAUCGAUUGGCAUCUUCGAAGGCCACCAAGAGGCGGUGAAUGGCAUGCAGAUCCACGACGGGCUGCUGUACACGUGCUCAGGAGAUCGCACUGUCAAGGCCUUCGACCUGCUGAGUCGAAAGUGUGUUGCCGUCUUUUCUGGCCACACGUCCAAAGUAAGCUGUCUGUUGGUGUCGGCCGCCCUCUGCCUUCAGCACCGCCUGUACACGGGUUCCAGCGACCAGACCAUACGCUGCUACAGUCUUAAGACGCAGGAAUUAGAGCGGCAGUUCAAUUUGGCAGAUCGAGUCCUGUGCCUGCAUAACCGAUGGAAUUACCUCUACGCUGGGCUGGCCAAUGGCACUGUUGUUACCUUUGAUCUUACGAGCAACCAGCAGCGGGAUGUGUUUGAGUGCCACACCCCGCGAGCUGUCAGCUGCCUUGCUUCAUCGCACGAGGGCUCCCGACGUAUCUUGCUGGCGGGUUCUCACGACAGCACUAUCAGCGUAAGGGACGCUAAGACCGGGCUACUGCUUCGCACGCUGGAGGGACACACCAAGACCGUCCUUUGCAUGAAGGUUGUGAACGACCUGGUGUUCAGCGGCUCCAGUGACCAAUGUGUCUAUGCGCACAACAUUCAUAGUGGUGAGCUGCUGCGUGUCUAUGAGGGCCACAGUCACGCAGUUACCGUGGUGACGGUUGUUGGGAAAGUGAUGGUGACCGCCUGCCUGGACAAGAAAGUCCGUGUCUAUGACCUACAGUCUCGAGAACAGCUGCAGGUAUACACGGGCCAUUCGGACAUGGUGACAAGCAUGGUUGUGCACCAGAGCAAGAUCUACACCGGCUGCUACGAUGGCAGCGUGCAGACUUUUGAGUUCAACGUGACGCAAAACUACAAAUGCAAGUGGCACGGCUGCCCGCUGGUCUUUGGUGUCCUGGCGCACCUGCGGCAACAUGCGGUCGCCGACCACGCCACCAAUCAGCAGACGCUGCGAUGUCGCUGGAGGAGCUGCGAGGAGGUUUUCUGCACUCGCAACGGCUCCAAGCAGGCGAUGCUCGCACAUGUGCAGCAGCACGCUGACGAGGCCCAACCGGAGCCUUGAGUCCUCUCCGCAAUCCGUCUCCCAUAUUGGGCAGAAGUUCGGGACCUUAGCGUUCCAUGUUGGAAUCCAACUUUAAAUGUCUUGUGUCCAAUUUUUUCUACGUCUCCGGCGGCAACAUCAUGCACCGCCGCUCCAUCUUUUUGCACUGACCAAAACCAAAUAUUUUUUUCUGAAGAAACGUCAGCGCCGCCGAGAGAGUGAAUGCCGUGUUUCCUGCGGCCACUCUGUAUGGCAUGGGAAUGUUUUUAUUGUUGUGACGUGUCUUUGUGAGCAACCCCAUCUUUUUAUUUUAUUUCUAAAAAAGAUAAUUUUACAUUUGAGUUAAAAAUGGCUGUUAUUUCUUAGAAGUGAAAAACUGGAUCAGUUGUUUCGUUAGCGUAACAGCGUGGUUUUUAUUUUUUGUUUUUGCUACCACUUGAUAAUAAUUUUGCGUCAGUUUUGUAAUUACUUAUGAAUCACGAAAAACGAAUGGCAUCCGUCUCGUCAAAUUGUGAGCCGUCAUUUAACUCAUUGGCCGCCACUGAAUGAAUUGCUUUAACAAUCAACUUUUUUUACAUUGACCACUCCGUAACUUUAGUAUAUUAGCAAUUACAACAGUCGGAUUAGGGCUGGGCGAUGUGGCCUAAAAAUUAAAUUUUGUGUGUUUUUUUUUUCAACCAAAAUUGGAUGUACAAUUAUUUUCUGAAUUUUCAUUUAUUAAUUUUUAAAAUAAAAUUUCAUUAUUUUCCUAUUAUUUUAAGGGGACAAUAAGAACACAAAAAAAAAAACAAAGCUCAAAACAAAUUUUAGAAUUUUUUUUCCGGAUUCUAAACCGCUAACUUUAUUCUCCCAAUUUCAAUCCAGAGGUUUUUAAUCCAGUGCAAUUUAUACAUGGAUUUUUACAAGAUGAUAAACUCCAUGCCAUUUUGUGUCAAUAUCGGAAAAAUUGUUUUCUUAUAAUGGGGCUUCUUAUAGCCCAAAAAUUGCGGUUAUCUAAACUAAGUGUAAAACUUCUGUUUUAAAUAUAAUCUUUUUCAUUCCCCCUAUCUGUGUUGUCAGCCCCAACAUUCAAAGUAAUAACUACGUUAAAAAAACAAAACAAGACAAAAUGUCUGUUCUAAUGGCUUCCAUUGACGGCGACAGAUGCCCAGUUAUUUUGGACUGAGUGGAUUAAUCGUUUUUGCAAAGUGGUGCCUUUUAUUUCCUCACGUUUUUGUUGUUUGUUUUUGGGCCAUUGCUCAGCGUUUUUUGAAGACAUUCGAGGGACUUUGGUGCAGUGUCGUGUGGCCGUUUGUCGUUUUUUGCCGUGAAAGCGAAAAGUGUUGUCGUCAAAUAACGUGUGAUGUUGAGAUGUUAACACGGUCCAAAAAGGACAUCUCUUUGAAAUUGUGAUAUUUUUCAGCUGACUUUAUGAUCGGAUUCAAGCUGUUUGGGUAGGAUGCAUUUUUCUAACUUCCAACUUAAUAUAUUUUAGCGGUGUGGUAAUGCAAGGAGGUGACGAGGCACGUGUAGAGGAGGUGUUUGAUGGAGCUGUAUGAAGAUAUUAAGGAAUAUCUCCCAUGCCAUAUCUCCCAUCCUUAACGUCUCUCUAGAAAAAUCACGGUUUAUCUAUUUUAAUAGAAAUAUCACAAUUAUUUUAACCUCGCAGUCACUCUCAUCGACGUGCAACCCGUACGACGUUUUAAACUGAAGUCGGAAGGAAGCAAAACACGGCAUUCACCUCCGGCUUGGCGACUCUUUGUCUCGUCAACGAUGAUACAGUUUUGUUUUGUUUUUUUAACUGUGCAAUCAUACACAUUUAAUAAUAAUAA